UCAACGGUAGCAAUCGCAUCUAGAGGUAAGAGCACUAAGAAAUGAAAUUCCUUGCAGCAAUUCUGCUUUUGACUUCGGCCGUGGCAGCCAGAAGCAAAGACGACGAUGCGUGGAUAUCUUACAAGGCGAAAUUCGGAAAAAGAUAUUCGGCGAUGGAAGAAGGCACGAGAAAGCAGAACUUUGUGGCAAAACUGAGAGUCAUCGAGAAAAACAAUCAAGAGAACAAAAAGUGGCAGAUGGGACAGACCAAAUUUACCGAUUUGACGAAUGCCGAAAAGAAUUUAUACCGGGGAGCCAAAAUGGCCAAACGUGUCCCAGUGAGGACUGUUAACUCUGAAGAAACGACAUCCUACUCUAAUCUUGAACGCACUCUUCCAACUUCGAUUGAUUACAGAAGCAACAAGUGCUUGCAACCAAUGAAAGAUCAAGGGCAAUGUUCCAGUUGCUGGUCUUUUGCAGCUAUCACGCCCCUCGAAUUCAACCAAUGCAGGAAAACGGGCGUCGCAGUAUCACUAAGCGAGCAAAUGUCGGUCGACUGCGACAAUUACAAUUACGCUUGCCGCGGCGGAGAUUUCACCUUGGCUUGGAAAUACAUGGAGAACAGGGGCGGAGCCAUGAAGACUUCAGUGUACCCCUAUGUCUCUGGAACCACUAAAACAAAGGGCACCUGUAAGUUCAGCAGCACCGGAGUCGGUGCUCAAGUCUCGUUCUACGACUGGACCUAUCCGUACCCCAACGCCACCGUUUCCAUGACCUAUCUGCAAAAUAGGGGACCUCUUCCGACAGCCAUGAAAGUCCUCGACUCCUUUUUCUACUACGCAUCUGGAGUCUACAGCGAUCCUGCGUGCAUUCUCGCUGACGAAUACGAUAUCAAUCACGCCGUCGUUAUCGUCGGAUAUGGUACCACCGUCGCCACGUCCACCGUUCCGGCCACUCCCUACUGGAUUGUCCGCAACUCCUGGGGCACCGGAUGGGGGUAUAACGGUUACUUUUACAUCCAGCGUGGCGUCAACAUGUGCAACAUUGAGUCGUGGACUGCUUACGUCAAAAUUCUCUAAAUAAAGGAUGAACGUUUCCAAGAAAUUCACCUGAUUUUUCUACAGGUAAAAUUCCGGUGUCGAGAGAGUUGCUUUCAUUUCUUUUAAAUUGAAUUGUUCGUUUGCAUUGAAUUUGAC